UCUAGCAUUCGAUUUUUCGUUCACGUGAUGUGUCAAUGUGCCUGUCACUAAAUUAAUUGAUGAAUUAAUUAAUUUUAUUAGUUUUAAGAGAUUGGGUGAAAUCGAAAUUUCCGUGAUUUCAUUACUGCAGUGGAAAAAAAAGUCUUCAAAGCAUUUGUUCAAAAAUGUGAGGGAUCGGAGUGUUUGCGGACCGACCCCCUGGAAUGUAUUCUUCGCGAGUGUUUGUAAUAGAAACUAACUUGUUGAAAAGUAAUCGCCAAACUUUCUAGAAAUAGUGCAACGAUUAAACGAGACCUUGAAAGUAUCUGUCUUCAUAUAUAACAAUGUGUAUCCAACUGUAAGUGAUUCUCGGUGGAAUUACAUCAGAGUCCUUGAGAAGAACAGAAGAAGAUGAUUUUCCCCGCUGGCGCGAGGCCAAAAAAACCCGGGGAUUUGAAACAAUGAGGUCAUGUACACCCCCCCGAGUGGCGAAGACAAAGCGAUGAUUUUUUUGUUUGGUGGGGAGUUGAGAAAAAAAUGAUGGUGAAUCGAGAAGAUCGAGAUUUUUUUCGUUCAAACAGUUCUAAAUUUAAUAGUCCAAUUGAAAUACUUGGAAAUUCUGGGAGUCAUAUCGCUACCGGUUUAUUUCCAGUCGCCUCUCGGGUCUCAAGGACCUAGUGCCCGACUCCAGAGGUUUCAAGUGGCUGUCGUUAUCUGAUAUUGAUGUAAUGGUGAAAAUCGGUAAAAAUGCAAUCGUCCAGAUGGCUGACGGGGAUGGCGUUGGUGCUUGCGAUUUUAUUGCGUGUAAAUAUAAUUACUGGGAAAACAUCGAGGACUGUGAAGGCGGUGAAGCUUACUGGGGGUUAUAUGGAAAUUGUCGAGGAGGAGGUGUGCUCAGACGCACUUCUGCGCCUUACCUGUCGCUCCCUUCGUGCCUUUAUCUUUGUUCUCCAGGCAGAGUACCAUCGAAAGACUAGCAAUGCUUGCGAACACUCGGUGAAGGCCUGGAAACGUGCCGCCGAGUGGUACGAUUACAGUUCAAGGAUACGAAAAACUGUUACUAUUGAACUCAGAGGGAACUACAUCAAAGAUGAGGACGACGAGAGUGGCCCCGUUGUGGAUCUCCGGAAGUCUUUCAAUAGGAAGUGUUCCGGGCACCACCACUGCCGAUUCACUGUGGCUGAGGACCAUCCAGGAGGGGUUGCCUGGCCAACUGCUGAUCUGCAGCUUAAAUAUGCCUGCAUUCCCGAAGAUGCAGUUCGCCGAUACUGCAACACAGAAGUGAGGAUAAAUCACGACGAAGCUGGGUACAUAAAAUCCCCGGGUUAUCCUCUGUACUAUCCCGGUGAAUAUUCCUGCGGUUGGGCCUUCAAAACUGUCCCAGGCAAAAAAGUUCUGCUCCACUUCCACGAUUUUAACAUUCGCAGCCCUGAGUCUGAUGGCAACUGUGCAGAUAUCAUACGAAUUCAGGACAGUGGAAAUACGAUAUUCGAGUCCUGCGGCACCCGAAUAGGCACUCGAAUUGUAUCGAAUUCCAAUCAGGUGACUUUGGAACUCAUAUCGUCAUCCAGGGUCUACCCUGCGCGGGGCUUCCUAUUGCAGUACGAAGCUGUUGGGUGCCCCGGGGCUCUGGCGCCAAAUGGGAGUUUUAUUGCGAAUGAUACUGUGGAGACGAGGACCUUCCAAUGCCAUACGGGGAAUAUUUUUCCGGACACCAGGGUGCCCACCAAGACAGUCAAAUGCGAUCGAGGCCGAUGGAACGAGAGCAUCGAGCAUUUGCCGAAUUGUGUUGCUACUUCUGCAGCGAUCCUCAAGACAGAAACAGAAAAUAAUCGGCUGUCGAGUCUCUCGGGGGAUAACACAAUUGCUACAGGGGUGAGACUAGGACGUGGGGAGAGCGCAGACUCGACAUUAAAUAUGGACCCAGCAGCACCUGCCAUGAUCAAACAGUCCGACUACGUAAUAGAUGUAUUAUUACCUACGAUCCUCAUGGCGUUACUCUUCGUGGGCAACGCGGUCAUCGUUUAUCUCAUAUUCCAGUAUAGAAAAAGAAAAGUACCAGUGGCGGGGGAACGAGAGGAAAUGAGAGAGCUGUCUGAUGUCCCACAAGUUUGAUCGCCGUUUCAAGCAAAAAAUACAAAUAUAUUUUAGUUCUAAGUCGAAUGAAAAAGAUAUAAAUUUGAUGGCCUACUGCGAAGGUUCAUUGCAAUGAGAUGAAUGAACGAUUAAAGUGACUCGAAUGAUGUAAAUUCAAUAUCGAUUGAAAGUUUUGCGUUUGUAAAAUAUAAACCGAGGAAGACAGCUAUAAAACUCAGUCACAUGAGUUACGCUACUCUUUGAAAAACAAAUAUCGAAUGAGAAUGCAAAAAGGAUUCGUCCUGCGAUAAGUCAAUACACAAGUCAUUGCAUUCACAAGAAUUUUCGCGCAUUUAUUAACAUAAUGAUACAAGAAAAACAACUAUUUUUACUUUCCCAAUCGUGGGAGGAAUACAUGAUUCGUUAUUUUAUCAUCGAAUGAAUAUUCAAUUGCCAUGUAUAAAUAUUUUGUAUGUACAUUACAAAAAAUAUAACGUGUAUUAUAUGAUGGACUAUUAAAAAAAAACACAUUUUUUAUCUGUAAAAACAA